AUGAGAACCCGGAGAAGCAUCGUCCCGGACUCUGAGGAUGGAUUCCUCAGUGCUACGUCAUUGAAGAAUUCCUCGCCGGUUCGCCAAGUGCCAGUGACCGGAUCCUCUCAUUCCACAUCACUGAUCACUCGCGUCAUCAAGGAUUCCGAAGAUGAAGGCUCCGAUACCCUUGAUCUACCCAAUCCAGCGGCAAAUAAUCAGGUCACAGGAAUCGUAAAAGUGGUGGUUCCUGCUAAGAAAUAUGAAUCCCCAACUGAUUCCUCCCGGAGCUCUCUGGGGGUCACAUCGGCCGACAGUGUGACCGGCUAUAAUACUCCCGCCACCAGUGUGGGCACUGUCACAGAAUCAGAGUCCAGAAAGCCUCGGGCCCGUGUCAACGCAUCAGCUCGCGCACAGCAACUGCGCGAGAGUAAAGUGUCCCGAGCAACACAGAGAGGAACCAAAAGAUCGGCCGAGGAGAUAACACCCGAGGCCAUGGACCGCUCAAAGCUGGACGCAGCUCUGGCUCUUGCCCUUCAAAUGGGGGAGCAAAUCAACAACAAGGCCACACCCCUGUUUGAGAUUUCAGAUUCGGAAGAUCUGUCAGAUCUGACCGAAUCUCCUCUGCUUGAUGGCUUAAGCUCGGACCCGGAGGAUUCCGACAAUUGGAGUGGUCAUUCAGAAGCGAUUGAAAGUGAUGUGGACGAAGACUUUGAUAGUUCCAUGCCAAGACGCCCUCCAAACAUUAACCCACCCGCUCGUCUUUCCUACUCAGAUGACGACCAGGAAGAUGAGGAGCUCCCACCGUCUUGGGAGGAGGCACGGAAAGACCGUCGCAAACAAGCAGAUCGGAAGAAGUUGGAAAAGCAGCAUCCCGCGAUCAGUACUAUGUGGGAUGACCUGAAGGCCCAAUCCACGAUUGCCCCGAAACAAGCAAAGCAGCCAGAGUCUAUCAAUCGCAAAUUGAAACCGUUUCAGCUUGAAGGUUUGAACUGGAUGAUGGAACAGGAAAAGUCUUCGUAUCGAGGAGGCCUCUUGGGUGAUGAGAUGGGAAUGGGGAAAACAAUCCAGGCAGUUUCUCUGAUCAUGUCGGAUUUCCCUCAGCCCAACCCAACCCUCGUCCUAGUGCCCCCAGUCGCUUUGAUGCAGUGGGUAUCUGAAAUCAAGGACUACACCGACGGCAAAUUGAAAGUCCUUGUUCACCAUGGCUCAGACUCCAAGGUCAAGAAGCUCACUCCAACGGAUCUUCAAAAAUACGACGUGAUCAUGAUAUCUUACUCCAGUCUGGAAUCCAUGUAUCGAAAACAAGAGAAGGGUUGGGCACGUGCCGGUGGAUUUGUGAAAGAAGACAGCGUCAUCCACUCUAUACAUUACCAUCGGCUUGUUCUUGAUGAAGCGCAUAGCAUCAAGCAACGAACGACUGGAGUUGCCAAGGCCUGUUUUGCUCUGCAAGCCACCUACAAAUGGUGUCUGUCUGGUACGCCGGUGCAGAAUCGGAUCGGCGAGUUUUUCUCCCUGCUUCGCUUCCUGCAAGUUCGCCCGUUUGCCUGCUAUUUCUGUAAGCAAUGUAAUUGCGAACAACUUCAGUGGACUGCGAACAAGCAAGGUCGUUGUACGGAAUGCAACCACACGGGAUUCAAUCACAUCUCGAUUUUCAACAAGGAGAUCCUCAAUCCAAUCACGGAGGGAAGGACACAGGAAGAGCGAAAGGAGGGGUUGAAAAAGCUUCGUCUCAUCACGGACCACAUUAUGCUCCGUCGGAUGAAACAAGAGCACACAUCGUCGAUGGAGCUGCCGCCGAAGCGCAUCAUCAUCCGCAAUGAAUUCUUUGGCGAGGUCGAGCAUGAUUUCUCACGCAGCAUUAUGAGCAACUCAACUCGCAAGUUCGAUACUUACGUCAGUCAAGGUGUCAUGUUGAACAAUUAUGCCAAUAUCUUUGGUUUGAUUAUGCAGAUGCGCCAGGUGGCAAACCACCCAGAUCUCAUUCUCAAGAAGCAUGUCCAGCCUGGUUUCAACAUCCUUGUGUGCCGAGUGUGUGAUGAGCCCGCCGAAGAUGCUAUUCGAUCUCGCUGUCGACAUGAGUUCUGUCGUAAGUGCGUCAAGGAUUACAUUCACUCCUUUGACGAGGAAUCGACGGUGGAUUGUCCGCAAUGUCAUAUUCCGCUUGCAAUCGAUCUUGAGCAACCGACGAUCGAGCAGGCUGAAGAGUCUGUGAAAAAAAAUUCGAUUAUCAAUCGUAUCCUCAUGGACAACUGGACCUCCUCAACCAAGAUUGAAACUCUUGUAUAUGAACUUUAUCAACAGCGGAACAAGAGUCAUACCCCCAAGUCGAUCAUCUUUUCGCAGUUUACUUCAAUGCUGCAGCUUGUGGAGUGGCGUCUACGUCAUGCAGGAUUCAACACGGUCAUGUUGGAUGGCACGAUGACACCUGCGCAGAGACAGAAGUCUAUCGAGCACUUCAUGAACAAACCUGACGUGGAAGUGUUUCUGGUUUCGCUGAAAGCCGGCGGUGUGGCUCUUAAUCUGACUGAAGCCUCCCGAGUAUUCAUUGUUGAUCCAUGGUGGAACCCUGCAGCAGAAUGGCAAAGCGCCGAUCGUAGCCAUCGCAUUGGUCAGCAGCGGCCCUGUGUGAUCACUAGGCUCUGCAUCGAGGACUCAGUCGAAUCACGAAUUGUUCAGUUGCAAGAGAAAAAGGCCAACCUGAUCAGAGGCACUAUUAACAAAGAUCAAGAUCAAGCCCUUGAGAAACUUACGCCUGAAGAUAUGCAGUUCCUCUUUAGGGGCUCGUAG